UCAAGUGACUGGAGUUAAGAGCUCCCUUGUUGACGAGGCUUUAAUCCACCCCUCUGACGAAUUCUGUUUCUCUGUUGGGCUCAUUACCUCAAAGAUAACAUUGUGUUUGAUGUCUAUAUGAACUCCACAGAGAGCUGAGGAACUCUGACUGAACCAUGACGGACAAGAUCCAAGUGUUUUUCAAUGAAAUAUGGAGCCUCGUCUCCAACAAGCAUAACCAGGGUAUUUACAACACGGUCUGCCUGGUGGUACUUUUGGCUUUGCCUUUAGUUAUGCUAUUUACAGCUUUCAUGGUUUGUUGCCAUUGUUGCUGCUGUCGUCGUGCCAACUGCGUCCCGUGCUGUCGUCGGAAAGAUGACACCACCGUCAGCGACCCAAAAUCAGAGAAGAAGAAAAAGAAGAAAAAGAACAGUAGCCAAAAGGCCGAAGACUUGUGGAUCUCUGUUAAAACAGAACCAAUGACCCCUGAUAGGGCGGCACUGACCAUGGUGUAGCACCGUUACGCCAAAAUAGACUGUUAUUUGUUAUCUGUGUAUACAUGUUUCCCCUUUUUUUUUUACUGCACGGUACAUGUAA